UCUAGAUAAUGGAAUAAAAUUAAUCAAUACGGAAAUGACUAGCCCCCUUUGUGUCUGUACGCGUUACCUCCCAAUUUUAUUCCACAUGCCCGCAUUCUCUGCCCCCCCUGCCGACCUCGAAACCGCUUUGCUUUUCCUGUCUUUUACAUCCCAUCACCUUGAAAUGGGCACACACAAUCCUCCCAUGCUUUAGGACAAGUCACUCGCUUCAACUCUUUCUUCUACACUAACUCUCCACUAAUUAUUUCUCCUACAUCAUCGACUUAGUUGGUGUAAAAUAAUACUAGGAAAGGCCCUUUCUGCGAACGGGUUAAACUUCCUCUUUCCUGGUCCUUUUUCAAUUCCCAACCCCCUUUUUCACACAACGCCACUCGUUUUACGUAGGGAGGAUAGGUAGAAGUGUUCGGGACAGGUGACCGAUCAACCAGAAGAAGAAAAGACCCCCUCGAUAGAUUACUCUCGCUACCCCCGAUUUACUACUCCCUUUCCCCAUUGGUUUCCGAUCCCGCUCGUUUGUUUGGGAACAAUCAACGAGCCUCUCUUUGUCGACAAACCGCCUAGACACGCCUACGAAUGUGGUUGAAUAACAACUAUCGACAAAGGGAAAUAUUGCCGACGCAGUGGAUAUCGUGGAACCGAAUUUGUUCAGGAUAGAGAGAAAACUUUGAUUAUACUACAACAUACAACAUCACAUUACAGCAACCAUGUGGUUGUCGACAAUAAAAUCAGUCGCGCUCUUAUCAGGGCUUGCGACUCUCGUCCCAGGCGCUAUCGCCGCAGAGCCUAUGCUCACCUCGAAUUCCUUGAAUAAUUGUCAGGAGGAUUCUCAAUUUACCGCCAGUCUCUUCCAGGUCGUCUACACGCCGAAUAAUAACACAGCCUAUUUGAAUAUCGUCGCGACAUCAUCCGUUGAAGGAAAAGUUAAUUUCGAUGUCGACAUCUCAGCAUAUGGCUACAAAAUUAUUGAGACGACUAUCGACCCUUGCAAGCUCGGGUUGGCAGGUCUCUGUCCCAUGACUGCGGGUAAGAUUCCGUUGAAGUUCAACUUACCUGUGGGCGAGGAAGCCGCUUCUCAGAUUCCCAGUAUCGCCUACAACUUCCCCGACUUAGACGCCACCGUCCGUGUUACCUUAACGAUGGUUGAUACGCAGAAGAGCGUGGCUUGUGUAGAAGCUGAUAUCUCGAAUGGUAAGACGGUCAACCUAGUUGCCGUUAAAUGGGUUCUCGCUAUCAUCGCUGGUUUAGUACUCUGCUCUUCGGCUAUCAUCAACGGCCUUGGUCACUCUAACGCUGCCGCCCACAUCGCGUCGGGUGCCCUUUCACUCUUCAGUUUCUUCCAAGCUCAGGCCAUGCUUGGACUAACCGCUAUCCACUUGCCCCCUGUUGUUCAAUCGUGGACCCAGGAUUUCCAGUGGUCGAUGGGUAUCAUCAAUGUCGAUUUCAUGCAAGACAUCUUCACCUGGUAUCAGCGAGCCACCGGCGGCACACCUUCCACUAUCUUUGACUCCUUAACCACCGUCUCGGUGCAAGUAGAAAAGCGCGCUCUUUCGGUCCUCCCUGACUCCGCCGUUGAUCUGUACCGACGUUCGGCUGCCCUCCUCCCGCGAGGUGCCACCUCAUUGAUGAAGCGUGGAAAUGUAAUGACGGGCUCAGGCAGUUACCUUGUGUAUGGUAUCCAGCGUGUGGCAUUCAGAGCCGGUAUCGAGACGACUAAUCUUUUCAUGACUGGGUUGACUUUCUUCUGCCUGUUUGUCGUCGUCACCAUUGGUGCUGUCGCAGCAUUCAAGGGUUUCUGCGAACUGGCUGUUAAGCAGAAGUGGAUGAAAGGUGACACUUUCCUCGAGUUCCGCAACGGGUGGCUCACCGUUCUGAAGGGUAUUUUGUUCCGACUCACUCUCAUCGGUUAUCCUCAGAUGGCCAUCUUAUGUCUCUGGGAAUUCACGCAGAAUGAUUCGCCUGCCGAAGUGGUUCUAGCAGUAUUCUUCAUUGUUGGAAUGACCGUCACUCUAGGUUGGGCAGCCUCGAAGGUUAUCAGAAUCGCUCGCCGUUCGGUCGCUAUGCACAGGAACCCCGCGUACAUCCUCUUCUCCGAUCCCCAAGCAUUAAACAAAUGGGGAUUCUUAUACGUUCAGUUUCGUGCCUCUGCGUACUACUUUAUCAUUCCGGUUCUUGGAUACUCUCUGGCUAAGGCUAUGUUCCUCGCCUUUGCGCAAGGUAACAGCACUGCUCAGGCUAUUGGAUUCCUUCUCAUUGAAGCCGCCGCUCUGAUUACUGCCAGUGUACUCCGGCCAUGGAUGGACAAGAGCACCAACUCGUUCAACAUUGCCAUUUUCUGCGUCAACUUCAUCAAUGCCAUUUUCCUUUUAAUUUUCUCGGAUGUGUUUAAUCAGCCUGCAUUGGUCAACGGUGUUAUCGGUCUGAUUUUGUUCUUCCUUAAUGCUAUUUUUGCCACCAUUCUCCUACUCAUGGUGAUCAUAUCAACCACGCUAGUCUUCUAUCGCAAGAACCCCGAUGGUCGUUACCAGUUUAUGGCUGACGACCGAACGUCGUUCAUGAAGUCACAAUCUCAACUUACAGGCACUACCGAAUUAGACGCCCUUGCUGCUACGGCCCGCGGUGAUAAGGCGGGUUAUAAACACGGCUUAGACCUAGACGACGAUAACGAGUCGAUUUCCUCUGCCGAGUUGCGCCGCCGUACGGACACAUCAACCCUGACAGUUCCCACAAGAGCCCCCAGCAACCCUUAUGGUCGUAGCAACUCGAAUACGUCUAACUCCCCAGUAGACCCUUCUGUGCCACUCUUCCCGGCCUCUGGCGGCCCACCUAGGGCUCCGAGCCCAUAUGGAUCAGGUGCACCAUUGCAACAUCGGCACAGUGGUAGCCCUCCUUCAUACAGAGCACAGAACAAUGCUAGUCCGUGGCAACGAGGUGCGGGUUACGAACACUGAGUGACAUUUGUAAUGCCGGAGGGGGGAUUCUAUUAGCAGGACACAGUCCGAAUGUUAAUUCAUACUGAGAUACAAUCAUGACAACGGGGCCGGAGUUAAUUUCUUGGGUCUGUAUAAACAGGAGGACAAACUCUUUUCGAGAGGAUUCCGACUUAAAAAUAAAGCGGUCGUCGGAUACCCGAUAAUGCCACUUAGUAAGAGCGGCAGCUCAACCGACAUAUCCUUUCCCUAUGUUCUCAAAACUUGUAACAAGGAACUCGGUCUUAUGACGCAGGGUGUUCAGCGCGUCAAAAGCAUUCUGGAGGCGUCGUUAGGGAUGUGACGUUUAUGCGAUAUUUUUUCCAUCAGCUGUACCAAACUCGAAUUGCCAAGUGUAAAUAACCACCCAGAGAAACCCACUGAGGGACAGAAUUUUCCAAGAAAUUCCUGGGAACAGCUGAGCUGAGGAGUCACGGUUUUCUUCCUUUUUUUUAUCUUUUUUUUGUACUGGGGUUACCGAACCAAAUAUAGAUCGCCGUAUACACGGCGGCAAGCUUGUCAAUAGCUAAUUGAUAAAUACCGCAUUUUAACGAUUGAGUGUGCAAUGCUAUCUGAGUGGGUUCGUAUAACCGGUGGUCUUCGUAAAAGAAACAUCAAGUAGUUACAUAGGGUACCUAGGUAGUAUGAGAAAGUUAGAAGAUUGUAGGAUAAUGAAUUAGGAG